UCGGUUACUUCGGAGCUCGCCAUAGAAAUGAUGGCCGUCCUGCCCGGGAACAGCUGUUCCUCCCAUUCCGACAGGAUGGAUUGAUCACACGGAAGCACCUAGAGUGUUUCACCCUCAUGAUGAAUGCGGAAGAACAAUGACAAGCGCGAACUCCCCAUUGUAGGCGCCUCUAAAAGGGAAUAUGAGCGAUCUCGACAAAGACCACAUAUACUCCGGCAUCCCUCGUAAUCUGUUCCCAGCCCCAUCAUGACCGGUCCAAACCUUCACCUCAACGACUCGAUUGGCAGCUUGUUCAUCGGUGUCAUUUUCGCCGUCAUACUCUAUGGCCUGGGAUGUGCGCAAACGAUGUACUAUGCGAGUUGGUAUGGCAAGGAUCAUAUGUGGAUAAAAUCGCUGGUAUGGUUCGCGUUCCUCAGGCUACUAGACACUGUUAGGACAAUAUUGGACAUAGUGGUUGCAUGGGGUUAUACAGUCCAAAGUCAUGGUAAUCCUGCUGGCCUCACGACGCUCGUUAUCUCCUUCUAUGCCGAAUUCUUCCUGAAUUCGGUCACGGUGUUGAUAGUUCAGCUAUACUUCAUCUACAGCAUUUGGAUGUUGCUCAAAGAAGGCGAAAAGCGGUUCCGCGCACCUCUCACCGUUGCCGCGAUAUUGCUGGCGUUGUUGUCGUUCAGUGGUGGCUGCGGAAUAAUCUACCGAGCUAAUCUGGACCAUGCCAUCACCGCGGUCAUUAGGAAUGUCAAGAUUCCAGCUUCUAUUGCUUCAGUCAUUGCGGUGGUUACGGAUGUCUAUAUCACAGUGUCUCUAUGUAUGGUUUUGUCCUCCAAAAGAACCGGGCUCAAGCGCACGGAAUAUUUCAUUUCGACACUCAUUGGAUACGCCGUUCGCAGAGGAUUCUUUACAGCUCUCGUACAGGCUCUGCAUUUCUUGACAUACAUCACAACACUGAAACAAGACUCGCUGUACUGGAUGAUCUUUCAUUUCCCAGCUAGCAAGAUAUAUGUCAAUGCGAUGCUGGCUGUCUUGAACGUUCGGAAGACGAUCAGGGAGAAUGCAGAAGCAAAUGUGUAUGAAUACGGUACUGACAUGCAGAUGCAUGUCGUGUCUACGAGUGCGGGGUCAACAAAAUUAACAGGCUCCUCUGAACGAUCAAAGGCUUUGGCAUCACAGUCGACCCCUCAGGCACGCAUCAUGUUGACUAGAGAAGUGAUCCAAGAUGAUGGUAGGGUCGUUGAUAUUUCAGCUGGCGCUCUGCGGGAUGAGGAAAGCCUCAUCCCGGAUGCGAAGCUUUAUGCUUUAAGCCACUGAUCGCUCGCCCUGUCUGUCGGCCGCCUUCCCAACGCCCUGGAUGUGGUUGUUAGGUCUUGACUUGUUCCGGCGCUAUGUCAUCUGGGACGAGGCUGUUCAUCUUAGUGCAUUUUGCACUUUGUCAGCUAUAAUUAUAGCUACUGUAUGCCAGCUAGUUUCACAGCUAGCAGGAAGGAACACCU